CUAUUUAUAUUCAUUUCACACACUAAUUCAACCUAAUUCCGAUAGUGUGACCAGGCUAUAUUGUAACGUGGGAAGUAUUAACGCUGGCACAGUUUCAUUUUUGAGUAUGGAUUUGUCCAAGGAUUCGUCGAAGGGGAGCUUAUCAAGACAGGAUCUCGGGGGAUCUUCCAUCUCAUCCCUCUCCAAAGGCAAACAGAUUUUCCAAGGUCAUAGAGAAGUGUUUACACACUUCAUUUCACUACCAUUAGCCACACACUCUAAGCUGCAGGAUGAGGUUAAGGGUUUUCAGGCUUCUGUAGUGAAUAUGGGUUUCCACGAAUCAUUGCUUGUUUCGCCAAGUAAAUUACAUUUGACUGUGGUUAUGCUAAACUUAAAGGACGUGAAAGAUUUGGAUAAAGCUAAGCGUGUCCUUAAGGAUAUUUCUAAAAAUGUGAAUGAUGCUUUGGAUAACCGACCUGUCGCCAUACGACUUAGAGGAUUGGAAUGUAUGGAGGAAUCUUUAGACAAAACCCGGGUGCUCUAUGCACCUGUUGAAGAAGUUGGGAAUGUAGGCCGUCUACUGAGGGCAUGUCAUGUUAUGAUCGAUGCAUUUGUGCCUGAUAAACUUGCUGCGGAAAAAGAAAAGUCACGCUUGAAGCUACAUCUCACGAUGAUGAGUAAAGGGGAGACUUUUGAUGCGCGAGAGAUACAAAGAGUGUUUCGGGAAAAAGAUUGGGGUGAAUAUAAAAUAGAAAAAGCUGAUAUCUCACAACGAAUUUGGGGUUUCUCGAACGUCUACUACCCUUCCCAUGGUUCACUAACUUUUCCAGCAUAAGAAAAUGAUCAAUAGCCACGUUUAAUCAAACGUCGCAGACUCUGGUUGCCCUACGCUAGGCGACCUCCAAACGAACAAGACCAUCUAUGUCAAAACAGUGAUCAGUGGUAAUGUCAACAUAUGUAAUAUUUGUGUGGGAGUGUGAGUGUGAGUGUGAGUGUGUGUGUGUGAUUGCAGCAGCAUAUGUAAUAUAUGUGUGAUUUAAACAUCAUAAUAUGGCUUGCUAUAUCAAAAUAAACAAAAGAACUUCAUAUCUUA